CCCGCUCGCCUAUAAGCAGCGCCGCCUGCCCGGCUGCGGGUCCAGCUUGCGCGCGCGGCCAGGUGGCUCUGCCGGAGCUCGGGUUGAGCGCCGGUCCGGCGACUGCGUUUGCUUUGGCGCCGCGAAGGAGGCGAGGAGCGGGGACGCGGCGGGCGAGCGCGUGCAGCCGCGACUCAGCGGGGAGCAGCAGCGCCAGAGACCCGGGGAGCCGCGGGCGCGGGAUGGAGUGAGGCGUUGGCGGGGCGCUCCGCAGGGUGGGAGGGGCCGGCGGUGCGCGCCCGGAGGCGACUGACGGACCGAAGGACGGACGCACGGAGGGACGCCCUGACGGCGAGCGGUGGCUGAGCUGCGUGCAUCUGGGAUUCGCCGGGCAGGGACUGCGCUUUCGGGGGAAAUGGAUUCUCUACUGGGGCUGCCCGGCGUGUGGACUUUGCUGUUCUCAGGCUUCUGGCAUUUAGGAUUAACAGCCACGACCUACACCUGCGAUGACCCACUAGCAUCUCUGCUGUCUCCAAUGGCAUUCUCCAGCUCAUCAGACCCCACUGGCACUCCCAGCCCAGCUCAGCUCAACUGGAAAGUUGGAACUGGUGGUUGGUCCCCAGCAGACUCCAAUGCUCAACAGUGGCUCCAGAUGGACCUGGGCAACAGAGUAGAGAUUACAGCGGUGGCCACGCAGGGAAGAUACGGAAGCUCUGACUGGGUGACGAGUUAUAGCCUGAUGUUUAGUGACACAGGACGCAACUGGAAACAGUACAAGCAAGAAGACAGCAUCUGGACCUUCGCGGGAAACAUGAACGCGGACAGCGUGGUGCACCACAAGCUGCUGCACUCGGUGAGGGCCCGCUUUGUCCGCUUCGUGCCUCUGGAGUGGAACCCGAGUGGCAAGAUUGGCAUGCGGGUGGAGGUAUACGGCUGCUCCUACAAAUCAGAUGUUGCUGACUUUGAUGGCCGAAGCUCCCUUCUGUACAGGUUCAAUCAGAAGCUGAUGAGCACUCUCAAAGAUGUGAUCUCCCUGAAGUUCAAGAGCUUGCAAGGGGAUGGAGUCUUGUUCCAUGGAGAAGGUCAACGUGGCGACCACAUCACCUUGGAGCUCCAGAAGGGCAGGCUUACAUUGUACCUAAACUUAGAGGACAGCAAAGCUCGGCUCAGCAGUAGCCCGCCCUCAGCUAUCCUGGGCAGCCUCCUGGAUGACCAACACUGGCACUCUGUCCUCAUCGAGCGUGUGGGCAAGCAGGUGAAUUUUACCGUGGACAAACACACACAGCAUUUCAGGGCCAAGGGCGAGGCAGAUGCCCUGGACAUUGAUUAUGAGCUUAGUUUUGGAGGAAUUCCAGUACCGGGCAAACCUGGGACCUUUUUAAAGAAAAAUUUCCACGGAUGUCUCGAAAACCUUUACUACAACGGAGUAAACAUAAUUGACCUGGCUAAAAGACGAAAGCAUCAGAUCUAUACAGUGGGCAAUGUCACUUUUUCCUGCUCUGAACCACAAAUUGUUCCCAUCACAUUUGUCAACUCCAGCAGCAGUUAUUUGCUGCUGCCUGGCACGCCCCAAAUUGAUGGGCUCUCAGUGAGCUUCCAGUUUCGAACAUGGAACAAGGAUGGUCUGCUUCUGUCCACCAAGCUGUCUGAAGGCUCGGGGGCCCUGCUGCUGAGCCUGGAAGGUGGAAUCCUGAGACUUGUGAUCCAGAAAAUGACAGAACACACAGCUGAAAUACUCACAGGCAGCAGCUUGAAUGAUGGCUUGUGGCACUCGGUUAGCAUCAAUGCCAGGAGGAACCGCAUCACUCUCACUCUGGAUAAUGAGGCAGCAUCACCAGCUCAAGACACCACCUCGGUGCAGAUUUAUUCUGGAAGUAACUACUAUUUUGGAGGGUGCCCUGACAAUCUCACCGAUCCCCAAUGUUUAAAUCCCAUUAAGGCUUUCCAAGGCUGCAUGAGGCGCAUCUUUAUUGAUAACCAACCCAAGGAUCUCAUUUCUGUUCAGCAAGGUUCCCUGGGGAAUUUUAGUGAUUUACACAUUGAUCUGUGUAGCAUCAAAGACAGGUGUUUGCCAAACUAUUGUGAGCAUGAAGGAAGAUGCUCCCAGUCCUGGACGACCUUCUAUUGCAACUGCAGUGACACAGGUUACACUGGUGCCACCUGUCAUAACUCCAUCUACGAGCAAUCCUGUGAGGUCUACAGGCAUCGAGGGAACACAGCUGGGUUCUUCUACGUGGACUCCGAUGGCAGCGGGCCCCUCAGACCCCUGCGCGUAUACUGCAAUAUCACUGAGGACAAGAUCUGGAUGUCAGUGCAGCACAACAACACAGAGCUGACACGGGUGCAUGACGCAAGCCCCCAGAAGCCCUACACCAUGACCUUGGACUAUGGCAGCAGCCUGGAGCAGCUGGAGGCCUUGAUCGAUGACUCAGAGCACUGUGAGCAGGAGGUGGCCUACCACUGCAAGAGGUCGCGCCUGCUCAACACGCCUGAUGGAGCCCCAUUUACCUGGUGGAUUGGGAGAGCCAAUGAAAAGCACCCUUACUGGGGAGGUUCUCUUCCUGGGGUCCAGCAGUGUGAAUGUGGCCUGGAGGAGAGUUGCCUGGAUAUCCGACACUUCUGCAAUUGUGAUGCUGACAAGGAUGAAUGGACAAAUGAUACUGGCUUUCUGUCCUUCAAAGACCACUUGCCUGUCACGCAGAUAGUUAUCACUGAUACCAACAGAUCAAACUCAGAAGCUGCUUGGAGAAUUGGUCCCUUGCGUUGCUAUGGUGACCGACACUUCUGGAAUGCUGUCUCAUUUUACACGGAAGCCUCUUAUCUCCACUUUCCUACCUUCCAUGCGGAAUUCAGUGCCGACAUUUCCUUCUUUUUUAAAACCACCGCUUUAUCUGGAGUUUUCCUGGAAAAUCUUGGCAUUAAAGACUUCAUCCGACUUGAAAUAAGCUCUCCCUCGGAGAUCACAUUUGCCAUUGAUGUUGGGAAUGGCCCUGUAGAGCUUGUCGUCCGGUCUCUUUCUCCACUGAAUGACAACCAAUGGCAUUACGUUCGGGCAGAGAGGAGCCUCAAAGAGACCUCACUCCAGGUGGACAGCCUUCCCCGGAGCACCAGGGAGACCUCUGAGGAGGGCCACUUCCGCCUGCAGCUGAACAGCCAGCUGUUUGUAGGAGGAACAUCAUCAAGACAGAAAGGCUUCCUCGGAUGUAUCCGUUCCCUACUCUUGAAUGGGCAAAAAGUGGACCUGGAGGAGCGAGCGAAAGUCACAUCUGGAGUCAGGCCGGGCUGCCCAGGGCACUGCAGCAGCUACGGCAGCAACUGUCACAACGGGGGCAAGUGUGUGGAGAAGCACAGUGGCUACGCGUGUGACUGCACACAUUCUCCAUAUGAAGGGCCCUUUUGCCAAAAAGAGAUUUCUGCUGUGUUUGAGGCCAGCACAUCUGUUACUUACAUGUUUCAAGAGCCCUACCCUGUGACCAAGAACACUAGCCUCUCCUCUUCAGCUAUUUACACAGAUAUGGCUCCGUCCAAGGAGAACAUAGCACUCAGCUUUGUGACGGCUCAGGCACCCAGCCUUUUGCUCUUCCUCAAUUCAUCUUCUCAAGACUUCCUGGCUGUACUGCUUUGCAAGAAUGGAAGUUUACAGGUUCGCUAUCAGUUAAGCAAGGAACAAACCCAUGUUUUCACCAUUGAUGUGGAGAACUUCGCCAACAGAAGGAUGCACCACUUGCAGAUUAACCGGGAAGGAAGAGAGCUGACCAUUCAGAUGGACCAGCAACUCCGGCUGAACUACAACUUCUCCCCUGAGGUCGAGUUCAGGACCGUAAGGUCGCUCAUCCUGGGCAGGAUCACAGAGAACGUUGGAUUGGAUUCUGAAAUUGCUAAAGCGAACACCAUGGGCUUUGUUGGAUGUCUGUCUUCAGUCCAGUACAACCACGUAGCACCGCUGAAGGCAGCCUUGCGUCAUGCUGCCAUCGCACCUGUGACUGUGCAUGGGGCCUUGAAAGAAUCCAGCUGUGGCUUCAUGGUAGACUCAGAUGUGAGUGCAGUGACCACUGUACAUUCUUCAUCAGAUCCCUUUGGGAAGACAGAUGAGCGGGAACCACUCACCAAUGCAGUUCGAAGUGAUUCUGCAGUCAUUGGAGGAGUGAUAGCGGUGGUGAUCUUUGUUACCUUCUGCACCAUCGGCAUCAUGAUCCGCUUCCUAUACCAGCAUAAGCAAUCCCACCGAACCAACCAGAUGAAGGAGAAGGAGUACCCUGAGAACUUGGACAGUUCCUUUAGAAAUGAUAUUGACUUGCAAAACACAGUGAGUGAGUGCAAAAGGGAAUAUUUCAUCUGAGAAACUGCAGGGUCACCCAAGAAACAUUUUGUAGUCGUGAACUUUUUCUGCUUCCCUUCCUGUACUUUAAGUUUGGUUAUUCUCUUUAUCUGAAUCGCUUGUCAUUUGCAUCCACCACAGCAUCGAUCCACUUGACUCAGCUCAGGAGACCAGGCGGCUAUGGCUACUCCGUACUCUCUGACACAUGCACCGUGGUGACAAUGACCUUUCAAGGCACAGGUUUUACGGUUCUACACAAGGAAGAGACAUGUGUAUGCACAUAAGCAUAUCCAGUUUCUCAAACUCACUCUGGUUUUCACUCACUCUGUCUCGUGGUCUUACUUUGAACUUGAGCUUUGUGACAUAGGCAUCUAACAGUCCCACUUACCAAGUCUGUUUGAACCAGGGAACCCAGGGCAGAGAGAUAUCUCCCCAUCAGUCCUGGCUUGCUUCACUGCUAUUUUAUGAAUCACCGGAGAGGUGUGUUUAUUUUGGUUUCAUUUCCUUAUCAAAAACAGCCCAUUCAAUUUUUUUUUCUGACUUUUAUUUUAUAUAGGCUUGCAAUAUUAGUGACCAGUUACCCUGCUCCUUUAUUACUACCGUUUCCUGGGGCCUACACUGUAGACCAGCACACAAUAGCAUCAGCCUAGAGGCAGCAUUGAAUAGUAGCUUGAAAAUACGGGGUACAGAAAGCUGCUAGGAAGUAGAUGUUUCCUAACUUCAAAAUAGCCUUCCUUUGAUAUUCUAAGACAUAUUUGCUUGGUUAGUCUUGGAAUUACUAUACUGAGAUAACACAAGUCUAGACAUACACUUGUAAGUUGCUGCAGGAUAAAUACUUUUAAAUAAAAUCUAAAAUAGUAUCUGGCUCCAUGAAAAGGCUUAAAUCCUGUGAACUCAGCUUAUAAAAAAUGGAAAAAAAAAAAAAAACCAACAACAACAAAAACAGCUUCAUGAAAGAAGAGAAAUACCAACCAGAGUUCUUCCGUUCUAUCUACUCAUGAGAGAUCUGGUGAAGAAAGUGAAUACAGAUUUGCACUUUGACAUUUAGAACAGAGAGGAUAAAUCGACUUUUGUCUACUGAGCUGUUAUCUAAGAUGUAAAGGAAGCUCUGUUAUAUGUGGUAUUGUGGCCGCCUCCAGUUGACCCACUGCUAGAUUUCAGAGAAGCCCUGAGAUUCUAGAACACAUCACAUUUUGGUAUCUGUUACAUGGUGUGUGUGUAAGAGUAGCUAUUUUUACGCACACUUUUCAUUAGACUUAUUUUCCCAAAUGAGGUGAUAUCAAAGCUUAGGCUGUUUUCUCCUUUUGAUAACAAAAGUGUGGGGUUCAUUGCUUCAAAAUGACUUCUUGUGCCUAUCUGUGGGUGACAGCAGGCACUCUGGUGAUUUUGCUAUAUAAUAAGCCUACCUUUGCCUCUUGCCACUUUGGGAAAAAAAACAAAAACAAAAACAAAAACAGAUCAGGAGAAAGCAAUAUAAAUGUUCCAAGAUGCUAGAAAUGCAGUGGAAGGAUCUGCAGGUGAGGAAAGUACUCAGUGAUACUCUUUACAGAGAAGAUUUGAUUUGCUAGAGAAUUGCCACAUAACUGUUAGCUGGCCUUGCCAGUUGAUCGCCUCUGUCCACCUUUGCUGCUAGCAUUGCUCUUGUCUCUGACUCACGCCCGCUUCCACCAUAAGGGGGCUCACAGGGAGAAACUAACUUCGUUCCAGAGCUUUCAAUUUCAGAGCUUGUUUGACCUAAGGAUGAAGGCGUUUAUUGUAUUCCUUAAUUCUAAAAUUUCUAAAUACACAUUUUUCCUUAAACUUUGCUGUGGAUUCUUAAUAUUUCCAUCUUUUAGGAUAUAAUUAUGCUUUUCUAGUAAAUUUAUUUUCCACUGACUCUAACCAAAAUCUGUUUUUAAAAUUUUUCUAGCUUUACUAAGAGAUGAAUGAUUAUAAAACAAUGAAAACUCUUUACACCUGGCAUCCACCUGCCCUUUCCUGCCCUUUCCCACUUUUCACUUUUAAGUUUUCUAUUUCUAUAAAAAGGCUAUGAUAUGUCAGCAUUUUGCUUGGCUACAUAUUCCUUUGUCACAUGAAGUAAAAGUCACCACGAAAGGAAGUGUGUUUAGCAUGAAGCAUCUCCAUCAAUGAAAUGUAACAGAAAAGGAAGGUAUGAGUCAUAAAAUUGGGACACUUCCUUAUUCAAGUCUCUGAGAAGCCAUGGCUAUAUUUUGCUGACAUGGUGUUUAUGGAAGAAAGGUUGGACUAGUAAAACCUUCACAGAGAAUUUGCUGUCUCAUCUAUUAUAGAUUCCUGGAGAAAUUCCUGUAGGGAGGAGAAUUUGGGCAAGCCACAUGCUCCCAGAUCUGCAACAUGGAAUGCACGGGCGUCCGCUUGCUUACAUAGACCGCACAUACAAGCUCACUAUGCCCAACACCAAAAGCAGGGUGAGUGGCAAGCAGUGCAGUCUUCCCUUCUGUCCCUCCCCAUUAUAAUUAGUCUCAGGGCUAAAUCUGAAUGAUUUGUACAGGUUUAGAUUAUGUCAAAACCCCAGAAAGUACUAUCACUUUUAAGAGAUAUAUUUGAAAAGCAAACAAGCUUCUCCCUCCAAGCAAAACACUCUGAAAUGGGAAAUAAGUGCUAAUUUUACCUGUCUUUCCUCAGCAGUAGCCAGAUCUAUUUAGUUGUAUGUAAUUUGAUUGUGUGUUUCCAUGUUCAAGAAAUUGUAAUCUAAAACUGGACCUUGAGAUCAUUUGAAUUCUUUAACAACCUUUAUUUCACUGUGAUAUUCAAGUUUCCUUACUGCAUGUUCCCUGAUCAUGUAGACCAUAAUCUCCUCCUUUUUGACACUCAGGCUCCGGUAAUUGCUACUUAGAAAAGAAUUAUGGAAUAUGAUCAUUUUACAGUAAAACCAAAAAUACCUGUACAAUUUCACACUUUAAGGAAGCUAUUUCAUUGAUAUUAUUUCCACCAAACAAACCAAUUUAUACAAAUGAGAGAGUAUUUGUUUACUCUAAAAUAUAUUUAAUACCAACUAUGUCGUUCAUUAUGUUUAUAGACUAGCUUGCCAUGAUUUCUAUGAGAAUUCAUCUAAAGAAAUAGACAUCUGUCAUUUCUGUAGAUAUAUUUUUAUGAAUAGUUUACCCUCUUCAGUUUGCUCUUAACUACAUAUUGAACAUUGACUUUAAGAUUCCUGAGGCUAGUAUCUUAAAAUGAUUUUUUUUUCUUUAGUAACAACAGAGGUGGUAUUAACCUGACUUUUGCCUUUUAUCACAAUCAUGCCCACCAUAGUGAACAUAAUGAAUAGACUGUUCAGUUCCUUCUGUGUUCUUUCAUCAAAUAUAUACUGAUUGCCCACCAUUUCAACAGUUGUGAUCGGCACUGAGUAUACAAAUAGAAACUACACCUUCAUCUUACCCUUGAGAAAUUUAAAGUCUAACAAGGGUUGUUCAUAUUGCUGUAAUAGUAGUGUAUAUGAAACACUAUGCAACACGGAGCCAACAUCCUCCAAAAUAUUUUGUACAUUGCUUGCUGGAACUUCAGGAAACAAACAGAUUUUUAGACAGUACAUAUAACUUUGUAUUUAAUUAAUUACUUCCACCUAUAGUGAACUACUUUGUUUCUUAUCUUCAAAAUGUAUCCAUCUAUGAAUAUAGAUUUCUAUGAAAGGAAGUGAGCUGUUGGUUGGGACAGCAAGAAUAAAUGGCCUUUCCUAUGACAUACUUUGAAGGAUGCUGAAUUCUAUAAUUUCCUGUUUCAGUGUGAGGUAGUGAAUUUUAAAUGACUUCCUUCUUCUGUAUCUGGCCUAAGUGAAGACUGGGGAUCCUCUCCAAGAUACACAGCAUCAGAUUCUACUUCCUUAUCCCUCCUGUCCUUUUUCAGUUCUUUCUUUGAGCCAUUCAUGUAAUUAUGUGCCAUUGCCUCUCUCCAUGAUCCUGCAGGAGGCUGGCAUAAUCCAGCACUUCCUACAAUGUUCCUUAGACCUGAUGAUUUAUUUUGGGGGAAAUCUUUGAGAACAAGAUGAGUCUAUCCUUGAGAAAAUAACUGACUAAAAAUGUGUCCAUCGAAGUGGCAUCUUUCUAUGCCUGUUGUGAACGUCUAAAUAUUGAAGGUCAUGUGCACCCUCUUUCUACACCACAUUAUUUCAGCUAAAGCAGUCACACUGAGAAGGCACAGGCUAUCUUCUCCAGGAUACACAGGGAUACAGAAAUCAGGCCCUAUGAGUUCUUUGUUAGACAAAAUUGGACACUACGUCCCCCAUCUUCCCUCGUUUCUUUUGAAUUUACCAGUGGUAUGAUUAAUCGAGCAUUUGUUGCAACACCAGAUUUCCAGAAGGCUUUUGAGGUACCUUCUAUUACUCAUUCUUCCUUAAGCUAAAGGUUUGGCUGAACUUAAUCCUCACUUGUCCUGCAGGUCAGGUGUAGACUAAAUAAAUCAACUAGAUCGUUGCUCCUGCAAAUGGCAAAGGAAGUUAAGGGAAGGUAGUACAGGAAAUUUCAAAAAUUUUGUCAUAGCUGGAGGAUAACGGAGUGAGAUUUCACAUUUCUCGUGCAGUUUGAAAUAUUUUUCUUUAAAAGCAUGUAGUGUAAGUGAAUUACUUCCAUACUAUGUUCUUGGAUUGUUUCUUACCAUAAACUAUCCACUCAUCCACUAUUAUGUGUUAAACCAUUGAGUUUGAAGAUUUUAGUUGUUUCUAGUUUUCAUGUCUGGGUUCACAAAUGCCAAAUAGAGGGGGAAAAUAACACACCUUGAGGGGGAAAAUAGCACACGUACACACACGCACACGCGCACACACACACAUACACACACAUUGUAAAAAUAAGGUUGUUAAUCCAAGCAUUUUAUGGGAUUUUUCAUACAUAACUGUUUAGUAGGAGAGAAACAUUCCCAUUUUGUUUUGGUUUGACAGUCAUUUGAAUUCUUCCUGUAAGGUUUUAAUAAUUAUUUGUUUUGGUAUUUUUGAGUGAAUUUUUUCCUUUUAUUUUGUAGUAAGUUAUUCUGAGGAAGCACAGAAAAGUGCAUUUGCCAGUGAAAUGUUGUACUUUGUAGGCUAACUGUCUUGUCUUUUGCAAUGUUUAGAGUUUACAGUGACUGAGCAGAUAGGAAUGAGGGUUAAGCUGGAAUUGCAUAUUUGGACCAGAUCUGCUAGCAGCAUGUCCAGGAGGUAGAGGAGGCAGUCAGUGACCAUCAGAGGUGAGGGUCAGUGCUCCCCAUAUAAAUUAAUGGCCAUUUCUCUUCUCAUUUUUCUGGCUCCUAACUCAGAGUCUCUUUUGGAUUUGGAUCAUUGUCUUACACAUGAGGGAAGAAGCAGUGUCAGGGGCUUUACUUGUGGAAUUCUCCACUCACUUUGGACAACAUUUUUGACUCUUCUAAACCCUAUCACAAUGAUGUUUUUUUUUUCAGGAUUUUUAUUUCACUAGAAUUUAUCCAGGGUGCUUCAGGAUUAUCACCACUAUGUAUCACCACAUGUUUUAACUGCCGAAGUGAAGCACCUACAUAGAGGUGUAAGGAAAAUAAACUAUCAAAACCCCCUUAAGUCUACAGUCCUAAUGAGAGUCCCCCAUGAGUAGAAGCCUUAUGAUCCUAGAGUCAAUCUAAUAAUCUUUCUGUCUCCUUCCCUGGUCCCGCCAUCCAUGGACAUGUCUCAGUGAUAAGGAUGUAACACUCUUCAAACUUCACUUUGCAUAUUCUGGCCUACUAACAUGUUACCUUAUCCAGAAGCUAGAUAUUUUCCUCAGUUAGUUCUAGUGACACAGGAAAAUUCUUUCCAACAGAACAUGAUUAAACUUGGUGAACAGCCCUAUGUCACUGACCAAAGUUUACACUCACUGUAUUAGUGCUUAUAAUCUUCUCUUACAUUCAUUAGUAUCAUGGUGUGCUGGUCCCAGCAGUAGCCACACAGCAUGCUAUAAAGCUCUGGACAUGCAGAUGGAGCACUGCAUUGCCCUAAGGCCUCUGCAAAAGGCAUUUGACAGGUAGUAACCUUCUGUACAGCUUUGCAGGAUAUAGUUGGACAUAUGACUAAACAUACUUUUGCAUUACAGUUCAUUCUUAUUCCAAGGGUUUUACAUGAACUAUUAACACAGUCUGUUCUCUUUGAGUGGCAGCAUUGAAGUGCAACCUUGUCCUGCCUUAAAUAUUCUUGCAAAAAUUAUCAGACCUUGCUGAAAGUAGCAUCUUCAUAUUGUGAGAGAGACUUUUUUUUUGGUGAGGACCAAGAUCAAGAAUUUUCUUCUUAUCAACUUUGCAAAGUGACAGGCAAUCUGACAUCCUGUGACUUGAGCAUACCCUUCCUCUGGUCUGCAAGUCUUGGACUAGAAAUCGGACACUUAUGCAUGGAUGCAUAAGGUCACAUUCCAAUACAAUCUGGCUUAUAAAGACAGGAAACAAUCCAAACUUAGCUCAAGGAAUGUCAUUUCGCAGUCCCCAAGAUAGAACAUUAUAGUGUUUGUUUCAAAUGAGAAAUUAGUCUCCUUCUGGUACAUUUGGGUCUUUCAUUUCCUGAGGAAUGAAAGAGCAAAGAAAAAAAAUUAGUUCUGCAUAAAUAAUCAACAUGUGCUGCCCCUAAAUAUAUAUAUUAGAAUAUUUGUUAUGGCAAAAGCACAAAACAGAAAAACAGGUCCUCUCUUGUGUGGAUCUGCUGGAGUCUCCCUUUGGAUCCCCUGAUUUUUGUUCCUGUAACAAAAACCCAAGUGAUGUUGCCCCAUUCUGAGUCAGUUUUGUAGGUCACAUAACAUGUCUUAACACACUGUAUGGGAAAAAUUAAAGCUAGCCUUAGAUUUCUUUGUUUUCUAUGGUUAUUGUUGUACAGAAGAAAGACUUAAACUGUAAAUAAUGUAUAUUUAAUAAAAAAAGACUUUUGUAUGA